UCAACGGUGAGAAGCUCUGUUCUUCGUCGGUGUUUCAUCAGCCCGUGGUCUCUACUCUCGUCUCCGUCACCAUCCUUUUCGAUCUCACUGAAGACACAACGGCUGCGAAUCGUUCUUCCUCUUCGUCGGGUCAAAUCGAUUUUCGAAGUGUUCUUCCAUCAAUUUCGCCUCUCAAUCUCACAAUUCUUCACAGAAGCUAUGUCUGAGGAGCUACCGAAGAGGCUUUUUAAGGAGGGCGAGGAGCCCCGAGUUACUCAGAUCAACAACAACUGCAGGAUCGACUACAUAAUCCGAAAGUUCCAAGCGUGGCUGCCAAAGGAGUUGGAUGUCGUGAAGAAAGACCCGGUUUUUCAUCAGAUUUUUAAGCUCCAUGAGAAUGGUCUUGGAUACUCUGCGAGGGUGAUACACAGCUUCUUGUGUAGGGAGCUGGUGACUUUCUUACAGCACGAGCUAUGGUUUGUCUUUGCGAGGAGACCGCUUCGAUUCUCAUUGCAAGAGUUCCACGCCGUAACCGGGUUUGAAUGCGAUACUCACAUUUCGAUUGAGGAGUUUGAAGAGUGGAAAUAUGAUGGUGGUUUCUGGAGCAAGGUUUUGAGGAGAAAAGAUGGAACAAUUACACUCUUCAACCUGUGGACUAAGGACAAGGAAGCUGUAAAGAAAUGGAAGAAUGCAGAUCGCAUACGUCUUAUCUACUUGGCGAUCAUUCUUUGUGUGGUAUUGGCGAGAGAUGAGAAGGCUAAUAUCCCCCUGAAGUACAUCGCGGUGGUCAUGGAUCUUGACAGAGUUCGAAGGUAUCCUUGGGGAGUUGCUGCUUAUGACCUUCUCUGCAAAUCCAUAGCCAAAAAUCGUUCCCAACUGAAGGAAAAGACCACUAGCUAUGUCUUGGAUGGCUUCUCAUACGCCUUGCAGAUUUGGGCAAUGGAAGCGGUGCCAAAAAUCGGGAAGCUUUGUGGAAAAAAGCUGGAUAAGGGUUUCAAGGACGGUCCUAGAUGCAUAAACUGGAUGGGAGCUGCGAAGGUGUCAUAUGAGGAGAUCAUUCGCUUGGAGGAGAUUAUUACACCCAAGGAUGACAUCUACCCAUACAUCUCAUGGACAGGAAAUUAUGAUGUUGUCAAAGCUCAGGCGUUUCGCAGAGAUGAUGAUGUGGAGGAUGACAGAAUCAAGGUUCUGAUGGAGAUGAUAAAGAAGGGGCAUGAUUUUAGUGAGCAUGUUUGGGAAACUGAAGAAAAUGAAGUGAUUUCUUUAUCUCUCGAUGACGAAUCAGCUGUGAAUGAUGAAGCAAGCGUGAAUGUUGAAGCAGCCGAGAGUGAUGACGACUUUCAGACUCCGAAAGGAUCAAAAAACGUUGGUUCUAGAUCAAAGAGGGGUAAAAAGAGGCUUCCCGAUCGUGGUAUGGAGAAGAGAAAGCAUAAGGUUCUCGCAAGUGGCGCAAAGCAAGCUCCUUUUAAUGAAGACAUGAAGGCUUUUAUGACACAGUUGUUUGAGCACAACUUCUCUGGAAUGGAACAAAGGAUACAGAAACAGAUGGCCGAGACAUUUGAGCAGAUGCGGACAGAGCUUAAACAAUCACGUAAGGAAGCCAGCGUUGAAGUUGAGCUUGGAGAGCCUUCACCGACAAAGCCAUCGACGAGCCAGGCACCGUUGAGGAGGUCCACACGCGGGGAUGGUUCCGAGACUACAUUCGAUGUGAAUUAUAGUGAAGCAGAUGAUUUGGGUCGCGGGAUAGGUACACAAGGGGUUGAAGGGCUUUCUCAGACGUCGUAUGUGCCAGGCUUUGAUCCAUCUCAGGACAAAAAAGAAGAAGACUGGUGGACUCCAAUGACUUCGGUCCGAGGUUCAGUGGAUAAUCCAGUAAAGAAAGAAAAGACAGAGAUGAAUACAGCUCCACCGCCGUCACAGUGGGAGAAAUGGUGCAAAAGAAAAGGUCAUGGACUUCAGCUUAGCGAUUCACCAUUGCCAGAAGAUGCUUCUCCGCAGGCGUCACUUUAUUAUAUCUCCGAAGAGUCAUGGAAAGGAUUCACGGAAUGGGCAUUAAAGCCUAUACCUUUAACAAUUGGUCCUACAUGCUUUAAUUUGUCUGUAGCUACAAGAGUAGUAAGUGCUGGAAAAUGGCUUGGAAACGAGGAGAUGGAUGCGGUUAUGUUUAUAUGGCGUGUGAACACUACAUUGAAUCGUUGGGCCCCUCGGCGUGUUGCUUUCAUGAGUGCUAUGUUUUGCCUCCAAGUAGACGCUGCAUACAAGAAGUUUUUACCAAACAAAAAAGCCUAUCAAUUGCCUGAUUUCCUUCUUGGGUACGGCAGAGGAGAGCUUCCAUCUCAUGGGCGGACUGAUCUAGUUUGGGGUGUUGAUGUUGAUCGACUCUACUUUCCUCUGUUUGUAAAUGGUAAUCACUGGGUUGGUGUCUGUGUAAACAUCAUUGAAAGAAAAGUAGAAGUCUUUGAUUGCGGUCGGGGAAAGAACAGACAGUACGUUGAGAAGUUUGCUGCUAUCAUUCCUAGGAUUGUGAAGUCCGUUGCACCACAAGAAAGACAGAAGCAGCUACUCCUCUCAUCAUAUUCUAUCGUGGAUGUGCCUAUGAAGUUGAGAUUGAAUAAAAGUUGUUGUGAUUGCGGUGCAUACGCUUUGAAGCACUUGGAAUGCUCGCUGCUUGGUCUUGACGUCAGUUUAGUGGAUGAUGAAAUCAUUAUGGGUUGUAGACAGAAGAUUGGAGUGGACUUAUGGGAGGCUGCACACGACCCCAUCUUUGCUGAGGUUAUGACACGAUAUGUGCCUUCACCAUGGGAGAGGUCUGAGGUCUUUGACCUGGAGGAUGAUUGAUUAACUGUGAUUUUAGUAGUUUGGUUUGUUAGAAUUAGAAAACAACUUUGGCUUUGGUAUUUGAUUUGAAUUAAGAAACAACUCUAGCUUUGAUUUUGUAUAAAUUAUGAAACAACCCUAUAAAGAACAAAAUCAUAAAAACUGAGGACCCAAACCCUAAACAAACCCUUAACUAAAACCAUAACCAUAGACAUACCCUAACCAAACCCUUAACUUAAACCAUAACCAUAGACAUACCCUAACCAAACCCUAAAACCAUAA